AUGGUUACAAAGGUUCUUUUCGGCCUCGCCAUUGCUGCGGCAGUUAAUGCGCAAGCCCAGCCGUAUGCUCAGUGCGGUGGUUCAGGAUUCACGGGUUCUACCACUUGCGUCUCAGGAUGGACCUGUGUUUAUUCCAGUGAAUGGUACUCUCAAUGCCUUCAGUCGACCGGCACGACUGCUACGACCAAGACAACAACAAAGUCGACUACCACAUCGACGAAGACCACCGCUGCUGUUACCACUAUCAAGACCACUACUACCAAGGCUAGCACUACACUUGCUACUUCGACGACUAAGACGGCAUCUCAGCCGGCAGCUAGUGGCUCCUGUAUUGCUCAGUGCACCGUUGGAUACUGCACCCAAAAUGGUGGAACCACCGGCGGCAUCGGCGGCACCGUGACCACAGUCAGCACCCUCGACGCCCUCGUCUCUGCCCUUAACAACGAUAACCCAAAGAUCGUUUACAUCUCCGGCACCAUUUCCGGCAACCAACAAGUCGAUGUCGGUUCUAACACCCACGUAAUCGGAAAAUCCGGCUCCCAAUUGAUCGGCGUUGGUCUCCGAGCCUGGCGUCGCAAGAACAUCGUCUUUUCAAACCUUAAGAUCUCAAAAUGUCUUGCUCCGAUUGAUAACAUCAUCAUUCAAGAGACUACAAACGUCCUUGUUGACCAUUGUGAUCUUUCAUCCGACCAGGAUCAUGAUAAAGACUACUACGACGGAGCACUAGACAUGUCUCACGCUACUGACUUCGUCACCGUUUCAAACACUUUUAUCCAUGACCACUACAAAUGCUCCUUAAUCGGCCACUCCGACAACAACGCCGCCGAAGACACCGGCCACCUACGCGUAACCUACCUCCGCAACCGUUGGUCAAACUGUAACUCUCGACAACCCUCUGUUCGAUUCGGAACAGUCCAUGUGGUUAAUAACUACUUUGAAAACUCGUCGUUGGGAUAUACAUCCCGUAUGGGAGCUCAGAUGCUGGUGGAAUAUUCUAAGUGGGUUAAUGUUGCAUCUAUUGAUUAUGAGGAGUCCAAGACUACGGGGUAUGUGGUUACUAGAGGAAAUGAUUAUGGAACCGGAAAGACACCGAUUUUGCCAGUGGGGACUUUGAGUAGUGUGCCAUAUUCUUAUACCACUUUGGCGGUUGGGGAUGUGGAUUCUUACACUUCGGCUAAUGCCGGGCAGAAGUUGAGCUGCUAA